GAAGAUGGGCGAUAUUAAACCGGAAGAAAUAGUGCCGACCCCAGCACCAUUGCGUCUGUUUAAUAGCAUCGGAGUGAAAUACCAGUACUAUCUGGACAAAGCAGUACCCUACACGACGGCAAGAUGGGCCACCUUCUUUGUCUGCUUUGGGCUUUAUGUCCUCAGAGUUUACUUAGUGCAGGGGUUCCACAUUAUCAGUUACGGUCUGGCUAUUUACUACCUUAACUUGUUCUUAAUGUUUCUCACGCCCAAAAUUGAUCCCGCCUUUGCUGAAAUGAGCGAAGAUGACGGCAUGUCUCUUCCGACUAAAAGCUCAAAUGCAGAGUUUAGACCAUUUAUCCGACGACUUCCAGAGUUCAAAUUCUGGCAUCUGUCAACACGAGCAGUCAUCAUAGCCACUUUCAUAACCUUUUUCCAGGUUUUCAAUGUGCCAGUGUUCUGGCCUAUUUUAGUCAUGUAUUUCAUCAUACUGUUUUGCCUGACGAUGAAGAGGCAAAUUAAACAUAUGAUCAAGUAUAGAUACAUACCACUAACUCAUGGAAAGAAAAAAUACGCAGCUAGUAAAGAAACGUCUUCGGGUGCCAACUGAAUUUUCCUAAUUGUGAACUUCGAAUUAAUUUUGACUGUACUAAGAUUCUAAGUUUGUGUAGAUGUCUAUAUUAACUAUAAUGUCAGCGCAGUUUUCUCGAACUUACUGGAUAUUUUUUUUCUGACUGCCCUUUGUAUAGGUUUGCUCAUUCGCUCAAAUCAUCAAUUAAUGAAUUUUAGUUCAGUAAAAAUCCACGUGUUUAUACUGUCCCAUCUUAAAGAGUCCUAAAUACGGGCAGGGUAAGUCUGUAAAAUGGAGGGGCUCUGUUUCAAAAGAAGAAUGUCAGUAACAAAUUUCUUCGUCCUGAGAGUCUCUGUGGCCAUUGGCAGCUAAUUGCUUGAAUUAAAAAAUGCUUCAACUGAAAGGUUUUCUAUAUGAUAAAGUGUGUCUUGAUUAAAUAUUUAUUUUUAAUUAGUGAUAUAAUUGACGGAAAACUAACAAUUAACAAAUUGUGACAAAGAUGUUUUAAGAUGGGACACUAGAGUACUUUGAUAUUGUAAUAUUCAUGCUUAGCUUGGUGCUUAUUUCUGUCAUAAGUUUUCUCAUUCGAAUUGCUAAAAGGAGUUACGGAUCUAGUUAGCAAUUCCACCGAAUUCUUCCAAGGAAUAUCUUCCUUCAUAGUUCGAAAUCUAAUUGCUAGAAAUGAAUUUACUUCGGUUGCAAUUAGAGUUAUGAACUUGAUCCGUGGUAAUAAACAUCUCCUACUAGCGCUAUCAUAUUUUGAUGCAAUCCAUGGCAUGUGACACCAACGUUUUUUUUGUUACCGGCGGAAAUUUUCAUGGUAUUGGAAACCAUUAUCAGCAGCUAUUUUUGCUUAGCUUUGUCUCCUUUCUUACGCUCAUUCUGGCGUUCAAACUUUUUACUAUUGUGUUUUGGUUAUUUUUAGUAACACUGCUGAAACCGAAUAGUACCAAUAUCUGUAUAAAUAUUAUAUCAAUUGAAACUUUCAUUUGAAUUCAAUUUAUCAAACAA